AUGUCGUCGAAUAGAGGAAGAAAGGUUAGUGGUUCACAUGAACUUUUUAAAAAACAAUGGGAUUUUCAGCAAAAAUCUCAUCAACAACAAAAAGAGCAUAACAGCUUUUUCCCACAACUUUGGGAUUUCUCAUCAUUGGCUCAAUAUUUGUCAAUGAUGCAAUUGAAUUCUUCAAAUCGACCACCACCUUUGAUGUUGAAUACUUUUACGGAUGUUGGAAAUUUACAAAAUUACGUAAGUUUUAUUGGUGCAUUCACAUCAUUCGCUGAUAACAGCACAAACAAUUACAUUUUGAUUAAAUAUAAUGAUGAUGUUUGAAAAAGGGAGAAACAAACCAUUUUCAGUUACAAAUGUAUAUGCCGCGUCAGAACCAGAAUAGUUCACCAUCACAAUCGAAUUUCCACGCGAGACCAUACAGUUCACUUGAUCGUCCUUCUUAUCGAAAUGAGAAUUGCUCACCAGCUCCACCACGAAACGAUUCUCCAUAUCGUUCACGCUCAGCUAUGGCCACAAAACCAUCACGCUCUGCUCUGCCAGCUUGGGCGACUGAUUCGAAUGGCGAACUUCGUAGAAAUACCUCACUUCUUCGAGUUUUGGAGAGUGGCGAGCUCGUGAAUUUUGCGAUGGAUAAAUUUGGUUGUCAAUUUAUACAAAACGCGUUGAGAGAGAAACUAUCUGGAAAUUUAUUGAAAAUGCUAUUUGAGCAAGUUAUUGGGAGACAGGAUGUGUUUUUGGUAAGAUUUGAAGUUUCUCUCUGAUAUAUAGUAGACAGAGAAACGUAGAGAGUUUCCUUUGUAAAUAAAACAACAUAUUUUUUGUAUUUAGAAAUUGAGCACCAACAUGUAUGGCAAUUUCUUCGUGCAACAAGUCAUCGAAAUAUCAACCGCAACUCACGAUUCUGAAUACAAUUUCAGACAAGAGAAAAUCAAAGAAUAUCUCGCUGGCAAGAUGACAGAUUUGAGUUUGGAUAAAUCGGCGUGUCGAGUUGUUCAAUGUGCUCUCGAAUAUUUGGAUCUUUCAGUUGCCUCGUAUUUGGUUCAACGCAUUCCACAAGACAUUCGUUUCAUAUCCAUCUGCACUGACAAAAAUGCGAAUCACGUUGUUCAAAAAAUCGUUGAUGUGAUUCCGAUUCAAAAAUGGGAAUUUAUCAUCGAUUUCAUGUCGCAGCCUCACAAUCUUCGUCAAAUAUGCUUGAAUAAAUACGGAUGUCGUGUAGUGCAAACGAUCAUCGAGAAAUUGACGAUCGAUUCGAGAAAUUCGGAUUUGACGGUUUCGGCGCAGAAUCAACGCGAAAUUGCGCUUCAACGCAUUAUGAGCACAGUUGUUGCGAAAUGUUCGGAAUUGGCGACGAAUGAAUAUGCCAAUUAUAUUAUUCAACAUGUUGUUUCGACUGAAGAAUUGGGUGUUUAUCGAGACAAAAUUAUUGAGACUAGUUUGAUGUGAGUUUGAAAUGAAAAAUGAAAUGAAAGAUUAAAAUUAAACUUACGUAAAAAUCGUUUUUUUUUCACGUGAAAAAUAAAAACAUUUCUUGAAUUUAAUUUUGAAGUGAAAAAUCAAUUUUAUGGAAAAACCGUAGUUCGUGAUUCACGUUUUAAGAUUUUUUUUUGAAAAAGCUUUUCGCCUUUCAAAAUUGUAAAUUUCAAGCCAAAAUGUAUCGAUUUUCAUAUGGAAAAUAGGAGAAUUACAAACCACAAUUGAAGAUAGACAACAUUUAACCUCACAAAUUUCAAAUAUUCCAGGAAAAACUUGCUCUCAUUAUCUCAAGAAAAAUACGCAUCACACGUUGUCGAAAAAGCCUUUCUCCAUGCUCCUCUUCUCCUUUUUGCUGAAAUGAUGGAAGAAAUCUUUGAUGGUUAUGUUCCACAUCCAGAAACUGGAAAAGACGCAUUGGAUAUUAUGUUAUUCCAUCAAUUUGGCAAUUAUGUUGUUCAAUGUAUGUUGACAGUUUGUUGUGAAUCGAUAUCAAAACAGCGAAGUACGAAGAAAGGCGGCUACGACUAUUUUCACCAAUUCGAAAUUUGGCUCAAGAGAUUGCAAGAGCGUAUUUUGAAGGAGAAAAACAAGUUGAUGCGUUUCUCUUCGGGAAAGAAAAUGAUUGAAACACUUCAAAAUUUGAGAUAUUAUCCAACUUCUUCAUCAGCUUCUGCACAAUAUUCAUUGAAUCAAUAUUAUACAACGGCAUCAGAAGAUGAAUAUAAUGAAGAAAGUGAUGAAAUGAGAAGAGAUGAGAAAAUCAGUAUUUAUUUGGAGAAAAUUGUUGAUGAAAAUGCAAAUUUGAGAAAGAAGAGAAAGGGAUUGAGAGCAGUUGCAGUGAGUUUUGAAAAUAAAAAUGAAAAACAAACCGCAAAAAGUUCACGGGUUACUGUACAUUUUCCGUAUCAUUUUCACUGUGGAUUUUUCCCAAAUACUUUUUGCAAUAGUUUUUCAACAGUAUUUUUGAAAACUCAAAAGAAAAAAAUCAAAAAAAAAAUUCGUAAAUUUUUUGAAAAUAUUAACCUAUUAGAGUUGAAAUUAGAAUCCAUAUUUUAACAAUCUCAAAUUUGUUUGUCUCGAUUUUUUCAUUUUUUCCGAAACUAUUCAAAUUUCAGUUCUGAAAAUCUUAAAAAUUCCCUAUUUUCCCAGAUCAAAAACCACGAUCACGACGGCGACGACGAAUCUGACGACAAUCUCGAUCAUCUUCAAUCACACACAUCUACUUCUUCUAAAUCCUUCUUCAAUUCUUCAUCUUCUUCCCGCCAACGUUGUCCAUCCUCAUCAUCUUAUUCUAAAUAA